CCGGAGCCACAUAGAAACUAGAGUGACAGCUCGCGACCAGCCCGUCAUGAAGGCACAUACAAGACAUGUGUACAUUGCGGGGCCAGCUAUGGGCUCUAUAUGUGUUGCUGUGGGCCUUCGCGUCCUCCACAACAGCAGUAACUCUGCGACAAGUCGAUACUGCAGCCCAUCCUAGCGCUGAACCUCUUCUUUCACAUGGCAGAAGAAUCCCGAAGCCCUACAGAAAUGGAGGUCGUCGGCUGCACCAGUCGCAAGCACAGCAGGAGGCAGCGGAGUACUGCACGACUGGAAACUUCACUGCCCUCUACGGCGCAAUCGAGCGGGAUCUGCAGCCGUGGCGUAAGACCGGCAUCACAGCCGACCUUAUGGAUUGGGUUCUGCGCGGCGUUAGUAAAGCCCCACUGCGCGACAAGGGCGUGGGUAUCGUGUUCAAGGGAGGCAAGCCCUUCAUCAUCACAAACACGGCGGCAUUUGAAACCGUCGCACACCACAAGCGCCUGAUCAUAGCCCACCUGGCCCUCUUCGCCGCCCUCUCCGCCACCUUCGGACCCACCAUCCCCGACGUCGAGUUCCUGGUCGCCACAGCGGACGAGCCCUCGUCGCUGCUACAUCGGUACGGCAACGGCAGCAACCCGCUACGGCUGCCCCCCGUACUGCGCUUCUGCAAAUCCAACUCCUAUGCGGACAUCCUUGUACCCGACGUUCACUUCUUCAUGCGGAACUUUACAUCCCGGCUGCUGUCCGUGGCUAGCAACUUUAGCAACACCUGGCCUUGGAGUGCUAAGAAGCAGGAUCUGUUUGGCAGGUUUUCGCCGUACAAGCGCGCUGCCAACAUGCAUGCCCCUGAGUUGUACCGGAGAGGCAAGGGCGGCAAGGACAUAUGCACGGUUGCCGACCCGAACCUCUGGUUCUGCGACGUGCGAAAGCACUUCAUCUGGGAGUGGGCUCGAGCGGCGAAGCGCUCCGGACUGCCGGUCGACGUGGCGCAGCAGCCCAAGCGCGACAUGCUGCACCACGCCUCCCACAAGUGGCUGCUGCACCUGGACGGGCAGAGCUGCUCCUCGCGCCUGGAGCAGCUGCUGGUGCUGGGGAGCUGCGUGCUGAAGGAGGAGAGCGGCUACUACGCGUUCUUCCACCACCUGAUCCAGCCCUACCAGCACUACGUGCCCUUCUGGAAGGAGCGGCCAGAGGAGGCUGAGACGGCGAUGCAGUGGCUGGCUAGUCACGACGACCAGGCUCAGCGCAUGGCUGCAGCAGCCCAGCAGGUGGCCACCACCUUCCUGCACAAGCGGGCACUCAUGUGCUACUGGCUGAAGCUGCUGCAGGAACUAGCGAGCCUGCAGCGCUUCACGCCGGGACCUGAGGGGCCUGAGGGCGUGCAGCGGCGCUACGACUUCUGGACAUCCGUGGAGGAGUACAUGGAGGGGGAGGGAGGGCGGGAGCUGGCCAGGCAUAAACUUGAGAACAUGGAGUUCUGGGACUAGGCGACGACGAGGAAGAGGAACACGACGAGGAGCAUGACGAGGUGGCGGAGCAGCAGGAUGAGAGAGAGAGCCUGGGGAUGGGCAUUCAUCGGCCUAUAGGGGUUAGGGACCGGGGCGGUGGCGGUGG